CCGUUCCCGAUUCUGCUUGCUAUUUCCCUUCGUGUGCUGGGCACGGUGCUCGCUCUCUUUCCUCUAUUUCUCUUUUUUGACACACACUCUCGGUCAUUGACUUGAUCGGUUUUCUCUCUUUUCUUCUUCUUUUGCCCCAGUGGCACGCCUUUCGUUCUUCCCGUAAAGAGCCACAGUCCUCUCCUCGGCUUUUCUUUCCUUGUCUCGAUGUACGCAUACCUACAACGUCUCCCGGUGCCUGCCAAGUUGAAGCUCUUCUGGUCUAGAGUCAACUCCUCCCGGCUCACUUUGGCCUAUUUCAUCAUCGCCGUCCUCCAUUGUGUUGUUCAGGUUGUCUUCCAAGUUCAGGCCUUCACCAUCAAUGCCCAAGCCGCCUCCUUUCUCUCUGACAUCGUUGCAGAGGGCAACGCUACUGCCGAUGGCUUCUUCGUCUUCGACAAGUCCCUUCGCUUCUGUGAUCACGUUCCUUCUACUCUCAGUGCUGCAUCCUGCCAACUGGUUUGGAGCCCUUUUUCACCCAAUGGUAGCAUGUCCGACGAGUCCGCUGUUCUCAGCUGGGAAAAUAACACCUCAUCCUCUUCGACCGCUUCUUCCUCCUCGUCGCCCAUCUCCUCCCAAACAUCUUCAUCCGCUGUGCAGGCCACGAGCUCUGUUCUCGCUUCGACUUCGAGUGCCGUCGAAACCCCUUCGUCUUCUACCACUAGCUCUGCAGCGCAAUCAACCGAAACUAAGGUUGUAGUUGUGAAGGGGGAUGAUGAUGACGACGAAGACGACGACGAUGAGGAAGAGAAAAAGGAGAUUGCGGAGGUAGAUGACGAUGACGAUGAUGACGACGACGAAGAAGAAGAAGAUCAUUACGACCACAAGAGGUCCACCGCCUUCAAGCGCCAUGAUAUCACACAGACGCAGACGCGGAUCACGGACAAUGCGACCGAGAUCGUUGUCCAUCUUCAUGGGCUUGGACUUAACCGAGACGCCAAUUUGAGUGUGGCGUGUCUGGAGGCUUUGAACUGGCCUAUACAGAUGUUGGAUAACACCAAACGUGAGGAUAUCGCGUUCAUCGCUUUCCAAUUCUGGGUGCUGGGAAUGUCUCUUGUCGCGCUUUUGAACGAGUCCAUUCCUCACGUCCUUGCGUCUCUUGUCACGCACAUGUCGGCCACUGCAUGGGGUGGAUUCCAGAUUCAGAGCACUUCCAACUUUCAUAGUGACUUCCAACGUCUUUCCACCAACGGUGCUUGCAAGAUCAAUCUGUUGCCUCAAUACUGGAAAGCCCGGGGAGACGCUGAAAUUCCUAGUCUGGCUCUGAAUGCUGCUGUCUUACUCGUCACAGCCGUUUUGUCUUGGAGGCUCAUCAAGUCCUUUGGGUGGCAAACCUUCAAGCGCGUGGGAGCGUCGUUAACCAUCAAUCGCAUUUACAAGCUGGUCCUCACGCUCUCGAUCGCUAUUCAACUAUCAUUGUUCUUCGUCGUAGCCUCUGUCGCAUUAUGGCUGGAUCAGCUGUGCAACGGGGCUAUCGGGCAUCUAGCGAGGAACCGUAUGCUGUUCAAGGUCCUUCUCAGUGUUGUCAUCGCACUUCUUGUCCCAUGGCUUUUGAUGGGUUGGUUCGCGGUGCGAAGGGAACUCAGGACUCCAAUGGUGGCCUUCCUCGUUCUUUCUUGUCUUUAUAUAGCUGGAUGGGGUGGCAUGUUCGACUCUCCCACAUUCCGAUGGACCUUCGUCCAGUGGCAGUUCUUCAGUGCAGUCGUCUCAAUCUCCCUCGCCCUGAUCAUCAUCUCGCUCGUCCUGGGCAUCGUCUGCCGGAUGAACUUUGGACGUGGUCUACCUCGUUACCUCAACGCCGAAGAGCCCCUCCCAGGAGACGACUACUCUUCAUCCGAGAAAGAGAAGAUCGACUUCCCAUCUACCGCUCGCCCCGUCCCCACUUUCUCUGCCGCCUUUGGUUCAGGGUCCGAGGUCCCCCCUCCACGCCAAAUGCGCUUCGGACCAGGUCCUCGCCAAAUGGGUCCUCGCUUCUCUGACACGACCUCUGAGCCUUUCGAGACCCAAUCGCAACUCGACAUGAGCAUCAACAGUCACACGACCCCGAACAGCGCGUAUACGAGUCCGAUCUCGAGUCCGCCGAUGUCACUGGCGCCGUCGUACUAUCGGUCGAACGUUGCCGCGGGUGGUCUUGGGGGUGCGGGGACUCCGUUUGGCGGGCUGCAGAGGAGUACCAGCAGGGGAACUGUCUCGAGCUUCGGGUAUAGCGCGAGUGAUAGCGGGCAUUCAGGAGCAGGAUGGAAUUCGUCAAACUGGAGUCCGCAGAGUCAGACGAGGUUGAACCCUCAGCACCCAGUCGGGAAAGGUAGUGUUGGUGGUGACAUUGAUGAAUUGUUGAGGAGCGACAGCCGCGGGUCGAGCAAGUCGGGGAAAUCGACGGCGAGCGCUGAGCGCGCGCGGUGGGUUAUUGAGUAAUCCGUUUCUUCUCUUCGUUACUUUCUACUUGCCGUCAUUAGUUUAGUGCUACGUGGUCUUGUAUGUCGUGUUUCGGUUUCCUGCUAUAUCUAUAACGCUUAUGAACGGACACUUCGUUGCUCGUUCAAAAUCUACCUGAGUACGAUUCGAAUGCUGGUACUGCUACGCGUAGAUGUAUUUUGCCUGUUGUGAUUUCCUGUUACUGUAUCCAGGACAGAGCUGGGACGGGGAAGGACCUGGAAGGACACCAUUGGUCUCGAUGCCGCAUGUGUACUGAACAUCGCACAAUAUCGAGAUGCGCAA